AUGGCCCUUCGCCUCAAAAGAGGACAGUCUUUGUGUUGCUUUCAACCCGUGCCCCAAGUGCGUGCUUUUGCGAACACUUCUUCUGCGUCCACAAAGCUGCUGCCCUUGCUGCCCUACCGUCUCAUCGUGCGACCAUCUCCCAACCGUCUUGCCCAUGCCCACGCCCGCGGGCUCUCCCUCCCUCCGCGUCAGACCAACACCAACGGCAUCCCGUGCUAUCUUUGUUCUUUGAACAAGACCACAACACGAGGUUGUGAAGCUUGGAGCACAAGCGGCGCUGCCUUCUCUUCCAUUGCUACCAGGCAGCUGAGAGGCACCCGUAGUACCACCACCAUGGCGAGCGCGGAUGCGUCAAUCAACAGCCCUGCGGGGUCAGAUCCCCUCCACCCAAAGGUCAAUAUGCCACGAAUGAUCUAUGGCACAGCCUGGAAGAAGAACCGUACCGCCGACCUGGUCUACCAGGCCAUCAAGGAAGGCUUCCGCGGUAUUGAUACGGCUGCCAUGAAGCGCCACUACAGCGAGGAGCUUACUGGCGAGGGCCUUCGAAGGGCCAUCAGGGACGGAAUCGUCACCCGGCAGGAGCUAUAUAUCCAAACAAAGUACACUCCCCACGACGACGCCUUCCUAGCUGAACCCGCCCUCUACCCAACCAUAACCUCACAAGUCCUCGCCUCCGUGACCUCCUCUCUGCGAAACCUCGCCCACGCCGAUUCGCCCGAAUCACAAGAGGACACAAGCUACAUAGACUGCCUAAUAAUGCACUCCCCCUUCCCCGACCCGGUGUCGACGCUUGAAGCCUGGACGGCCUUACAGUCCUUCGUCCCGCAUCGCAUUCGUUCGCUAGGCAUUUCCAACAUUACCCUCCCAGAGCUGCAGUAUCUUGUCGCCGACCCGCGCGUGACGGUGUACCCGACGGUGAUUCAAAACCGCUUUCGCCGCGCCGAGCGCCGGUGGGACUACGAGCUGCGCCGGUGGUGCGCGAACCAGAACAGUACGCGCUGGAAAGGCGAGAAGAGGACGCGCUACCAAGGGUUCUGGACGUUGACGGGCAACCGGGGCGAUUGGCCGACUCAGAAGUUUGUAAGGGAGCUGGCGGCGGCGGUGCCUAAGACAACACAGGAGGUGGAGGCGCUGGAGGCAGAGGGGGCGGCGGCGGCGGCAGCAGUAGCAGAAGAACAAAGAGAAGGAGAACAAGAUGGUGGGAAAGGCAACCUUGUUACCGGAGAGCCAGCAGGGCCAGGGGAUCUUGAGAGCGGAGAUGGGGAGUUGGGAAUAAGUCUGGAAGCCGCCUGGUAUGCGUUAACCAUACUGGGAGCGGAUGUGGUGGUCUUGAACGGGACUACGAGUCAACAACACAUGAGGGAUGACCUGGACUGUCUAGAAAGGGUAGACAGGUGGAGGAAGACGCCGCAGGGGAAAAAAAUGUGGGAUAGGUGUUUCGAAGAAUUCAAGGCGUUGGUGGGGAUGCCGCCUUCGUGA